GCCUUUUUCAAGAGGGAUUUUUAUGAGUACCACUCACGAUAUCUUACGCGUUCAUCGCGGCGUCCGCAGCUUGAUGACACCUGCUUUAUUCUGCAGUACAGUAUGGCUUUUACAAUCGAGCCCUCAUUGAGUUCCCUUGUCACACUUUUGGUCGAGGAGGUCCAUCACUUCAAAAAUGCACAAAUUUGUUCCACCUUUUAUUCUCUAUUUGUGCGUUAUGUUCCUGAUGUUUGGAAUAUGCUGGAAGGUGGGUACUUUUCAGAAACGUUUUCCGACACAGUCAGCAAGCUUUCCUCAAGAAACUUGGAUGCAUGUGCAGUUAUGCAUUUGGAGCUGUUUUUCCUUAUCGGAUUUCUCAGGUCUGAUACAAGUUAUCUUCAACAUUCCGCCAGUGAUCUGGAACAUCAUAUUACUAAACUGGGAGACUACAUACUGCCUAACCUAUCGAGCUGUUCAGUCACUCUUAAUGUCAUGGCCAUCACGUUGACUGAGCUCUGGUGGACAAAAGUCACAAGCUUUUCCACAAGCAUAGAGUACAUGUUUGAUUUGGCCACAAAGGUAUGCCUCAAGGUGCUGCUGCACGCAGGUUCGGAUGAUCGAUCAGUGAGUACUUGUGCAAAAAGCUUCCUAGACUGCGUCCUACGUGGCUUUGAAUCGUUUCCGAAUUCGAAGCUACGGUCUUGGGUUCUGGAGUUUCUUGUCGGUGAAUUCAUUCUAUCCCAUCCGAUUACUCUAAGUGCUCCCGCAAUUUUGUCUAAAGGUGCACUACGAUGUCUUCCGUCCGUUUUGCGGAAUCUCGGUUUGAACAAGAUUCUUUCGCUCUCGCCCCAUCUGACAACCAGUUUGCUCAUUUGCAUUGGACACAAUUACACCGCUGCAACCGCUGCAGCGGUGCUUGUGGAAUUUUUCAAUAGGUGUUCGGCCUCUUCACUCAAACCAAACGACUCGCUCAUCCCAAGGCUGAUCGAGCCGGUCGUUUCCUAUAUAUUGUUCGCCAAAUUGAGCUGCACCAACACACAAGAGUCCUUCGGAUGCUCGGAACUUACUCUAGAGACUGCCCAGGCCAAUCGCCGUGUUAACUUCGCACAUCACUGUUUUCGAAAGGAACUUCUCAGUUUUCGGCUUCCAGCGCAUUGUGUUCGCACUACGUUUCCAACCGAUUAUCUUCACACUGCAAACAGUGAUUCACCUCUGGCAGAGUUGUUGUUGCAUUCUUUGGGCAACCUUCUGCAGGUAGAAUCUCCUCCCAGCAUAACUCUUCAUCGACAAUUUUUCUGGGAAUUUCUUUUUGCUGUUCAUGACGACAAGCUCCAUCUUACGUCACGCCACUUGAGCCUUGCGCCUCUAUUCUGCGGCCUUUAUCAUUCAGAUGAUCUUCUCCGUUCACUCGCGCUUCGUGGACUGGCAUCAUUAUCAGUGAAACUAUUGAAACGCACGAGUCCCCUGCAUGACACGGCGUUGUCCGAUCCGACUAGCGAUGUUCACUUGAUCAAUUCUUUCACAUUCUGCGUUACAAGCUUAGUCAGAUCCACCAACACUGUCGCGCGAAGGUAUCUGUCAGAGGGGUUCAAGGAACUAGUUCUUGCCAUGCGAACGGCAUUCUCUUCUUUUGAUCCCAUUCUCCUCGAUAUUGUGGGUUUUGAUACAACGUCAAAUGCUUUUGUUCUGUUAGAGCCAGACACCACGCUACCCUGCUCUCACAAACCAUGUUUCCCAGCAUUCCUAGAACCUCAUUCCCUGGGCUUGCGUUGGCUACCUAAACUGUUAAAUUUGCUUACGGAACUUUGGGGUAGCUGUUCGUCAUACCCAACCAAGCUGGACUUCACCCAUUGCAGACGUUUGGCUUUUUGGCCUGGCAUGACUUAUCAGCGAGCGAAGAAUACGCUGAAUCUGAUGCGCUCGUCUGUGGAAUUCCUCAAGCUGGAUCUUCUGAACUCUGCUGUACAUGACAAAUGGCUUACUGGACAUUCACCUGGUUGGCAGUUUCGAUCUGCGAAUAUGCUGGAGACCCUUUUAUACAACCUACCCUUGCUUACACCCGAUUUACAAGCUCAAAUGCUCGACAGUAUCGGUUUGAACUGGCCAGAUGGCUCAACUCUUCUUCCGGCGGAUCGAUGUGAUCUGCUGGUUACGUAUGCGCUGCAAUGGUGUGACUCACACAUAACCGCGGUUUGGACGGCCGGUGCGAAUCUGCUGACAUUCUGCUGUAGUGGAGGAUACGUUGCUAAGUCUUCGAUGAGCAACCGUGUUCUAAAGCGAAUCGCGGAUAGUUUGGGAUUUUUAUCCUCCGACAGUUUUAUACGCAAUGAAAAUGGUGGAGUAUUGUCGUCCAUUCUGAACCGCUCAGGCUUAGGUUAUCUCCUUGCGACAGCCAAUCUCCUCCAUCUGCAAUCUGGCGCAGUUCCACGUGACUUAAUUUGCUACCUGCACUCUGCCAACUUGGCCUGUUGUUGCCUCCGGAUAGUUUGGCGAUGCUUGGAACUAAUGGGUACCAACGCUUGGUCACCAGAGCUCAGCACUCAUGAACAUCAAACCUAUGUUGCAGAGGGCGCACCCUCGUUUCGGUGUUUGGCUCAAUCAAUCUUGAAUGCCGCCGCGGCCAGUUUUCCACUUGAGAGCUGCCCUAAUGGGACGCAGCUCAGGGAUUCCGAUAACGCGCAAUUCUCGGCCAAACGCGACUGGUAUGCCAUCGAGUUGCUUCCGCACUACCAACACAUCCUGUCUUGGACGUGGAACGCUUUGAGGUUGUCCGCCGAUGUAUUAGCGCGUUGGGUUGUGGCUGUUCAAUCACCCGCAUUGGAAGUCGAGCUGGACGAUGAAAUCUCUGAGUUGUGCACAUUCAUUGGGUACCAAUUGGUGCAUAUUUUGCUGGGUUGUCGUCAUCGAGGCACCGUCGAAGCGGUCUCUAGCAGCCUGCAGUUGUAUCUAUCGAUUUCACCACUCUAUUCUCCGGACGGCACCUCGGUUAAGAUUUUCACAAAUGCGUCCACUUCAUGUUCACGUGCUCUCCUUUCGUGUGAGAAGGUUCUCAAUAUCUGCUGGGAGACCUUAUGUAGAUGUCGCUAUUCCACUACUCGCCGAGCGGCUGGUCUGUGGCCUGCGGUCAAGGCCGCUCUUUACGCAGAACAAUCACAACGGGGACAUCGUGAGCCUCAUCUCCUCAUUGGUUGGAUACAAAGGCUGCUAGGAUUGUUCCACCUAGAACUCUGUGAAAGUCAACGACGCUUCAUCUCUGAUGGCCUGUGCGAUCCAACGGAAGCCCUGGCACUUCACAUACUUCGCGGGAUAUUUCUGGACUCUCAUCUCAAACCGCACUCGCUGUUAGUGCUAGGCAACCCGUCAAGUAACUUCCUUAUCCAGGCGCUCCAGCAAGCCGUACUGCCAUUGUUCAACGUUCCCUAUUGGACUGUGUCAAAUGCCGCGUUACAGUUGCACGCUGCUCUGGUACUUCGCCUGACUGGGACGGAUACAGGUCGCCCACUACUUUCCGCAAUGGAGCUAUUUGGCCGUUUUGAUGAUUUGUUUGCAAUUUGCCUCCAUUGUCUAGAAGAAGCAAUAUGCCAACACAACCGGCCUUCGGUUACUCCCACACUGGUUUCAGUUUUAAGCCUACUCGCUCGAUUGAGUCAGGGAGUCAUGCAUGUUUGCCAGUCCACUAUCCGGAUGCGCUGUCUGCUGGAACGUCUGUUGCUGACACAUCCAUCAUCUACUGUGAGGAAACUCGCUGCUGCGGCCUAUUUAUCUUUAGCGCCUCUUUCUGGCCCUUGUUCUUUGCGGCAUGUUUGCUGUCCUGAUCUACCCUAUGUUAGUGAAGUUGGCCCUAUACGUUUGCUGAGUAUCUCCGAAGAGUAUGCCUCGCCCUUUGAACCUACUGCCAACGCACUUCAUGGACAACUAUGCCUUAUACUUGCGUGGUUGGAACAACCUUUGGGUCAACCGCUUUUGCAAUGCAGAAGGUCGCAUUUCGAUUGGGAUCAGGGAUUGAGCCUGCUUCAUCGGCUUCUUAUAUGCAGGUGCCUCAAUCCAGCUGCUCUCUACCUAUCCUGCUGCUUAUGCGACGUUUUAGCAUCUGCCUUUGAUUCCAAUCUGUCUACGGCUGAAACUGUACGUUCCAGGUUCACAUGCUGGAUGAACACACAUUCCUCCCAACUUUUCAAACUCUCUACCACACCAUUUCACGAGGAAUGCAUUCUGUCACUUAAUUAUCUCGCGCGGCGCAUUACCAAUGAAAUGCCAUACAUGAGCUUUACAAUCUCGCAACAUUUGGAACCUGCGCGCCUCAGUCGAUUCCUGCACAGCUCCGAUGACGAUAAUGCACUAUUAGAAUGUGUGCCGGUGUUUAUUCGUCAUUGGCUCAAUCAAACAAACUUGACCUCUUCAUGUGCUCUCCUCUGCUGGCGCUUUGUGGAGUUGUGGGCCACGGGUUUAGUACAACGCAUUACCCCAGUCCUCCAGACUAUGUUCUCCCACGAAAACGCUCUGUUUGUCUUACGCGCACUGCUCGAUGCGAAUGUUGCUGGCUCUCGGGACUCCUUACAGCGAGCAAAAGUCUUGGUGUGCGCUGCCUCUUGUUUGGAUGAUGGAAACAAUUCAUGUCCACUUUGGUGGGUUCACGAAGUAUUCUUUUGCAUGGACCCGAACUUUCCCGAAGCAACUCGCGCUUUCGCUUCGGAGGCGCUACUGCUCUGGCAGGAACGUAUAAUAAAUGCCAGGAGUGAUGACGGUCAUGCCCUCACAACCUUCAGUGAAGUGAUGUUGUUAUGUGGGUUCGAACAACGGAAAACUUUGUUGCACGCGGUUUUUCGUUCGCUAUUUGAUGAGUGCGCUGAGAUUCGAUGCAAAAUGGGCACAUUCGUCGGCAGAUGUUGUGAUCAGAGCACAUCGGGAGGACACCCUACUCAUAUGCUUGCAGCCAAUGUGUUGCUGGACAAAGUCCUUCCGUUGUGGUUUCCCACUUUUGAAACUCAAGUACAAUGGAUUUCGGAUAUUUGGAUUUCGAUCAUCCAAAAUGUAUGCCAAAGAAUCGCUGAAGAGACGCUUAUGAAACGAAGAAACGCUCUUUACGAACUAGAAGCUGAAAACGCCUUUUGCGAACCGCGACUGUUACUGGAGCUGCUUUUCAGGAAGUUGUUGAAGCAAACCCCCAACGAAGAAGUGAGUGACGAUGUUCAGUUCUCACUGUGUACUCUCCGUAUGUCAUUCUAGGUUCCGGUACUUGGUUAACAGGCGUCCAAUCGUCUACCUGAAGUUGAUCCUCAGAUACAGAAUUAACGAAAAUCGUUGACAAUUUUUAACUCUUGUGUGCCCGGAGAAUAUGUAUCGAAUUGUCUGUUGUUGAUGGUCUUGUUCAUCGUGCCCGAGGACAAUGUGUCACAGAUGCUGAAGCAAACAUUUUUUGUCGGCUGUUAAACAUUAUGUGAUUACUAUGAUUACUAUGCCACUCCGUCCUCUCAGCGCUUGGUUUAAACCGUCCAUCGUUUCAUAUUCACUACUGAUUCUAAACUUCUUUUGCAGGAUCGAGCUCGUCUGUUUGAUCGUCUCAACGAGAGUGCGGACCAAAAUUUGAGAGAAAUCUGUGCAACUUACGACAUUGAAAUAGAAGAAUUGGGAAUCCCGGACUAUGGAUCCGAGUACAUUACACUACAUGAGAUUAGUCCGGCGGCGUUCGCUUUGUACCUUUAUCUCAGAAUUAGCCCAUCUACUUUUGAUACAUGUUCCCUACUUGAAUUCACCCAGAUUAUUUGAAUAUUUUCAGUGAUGUUUUAUACUCUUCAGGGCAUCAUACUUAUGCCAAAUCGCGACAAACCACUGUUACCGUUAACAAAACUCAGUUAUCUACCCGGUACCUUGUUUCGUGUGUGCAUACUUAAUUUUCAAGAAAUAGUGAG